AUGACCCCGCCCCUGAGCGCGAGCUGAGGCGAGGGCUGCGGGAGAUGGACGUUUAACCUCGUAGUGAAGGGGAGUGACACAAGAGGUGCAUCAUGAGGUUCACGCAGUUGGUGUCCCGCCAGCUCCCUGGAGGAUUGUUCUCCCUGAAAUGCUACUAUCCCUUGGUGUGUCACACUCGAAUGUUUUGGGCAACUCCAAAGAGCUUUUCAGGGUGUCCCAAAAAUAUACCGAGUCUGCUCAGAUUCCUGGGCCAGAGACUGCAGUGCAUGAGGCUGAGGCCUUUCAGCUCAUCACAGGGUCUCUGUAAGUUACACAACCGAGACUUGAAACAGAUUGACCCUGCCAGCUCCCCUGAAGCUAUCAGGAAACAUGAAGAAGAAUCGGAAGACGGUGAUGCAGAUGUAGGCUUUGGAACACUAUCUAAUAAAUUUUCAUCUAGAAAAUAUUUUCGCAAAACAACAUCAGAGUUGCAGAACUUAAGAUUUCAAGCAGAAGAGGAAGAGGAGGAAAAAGUGUCAGAACGGAAACCUAGACGUGGUCCUAAGAACACACCAUACUGGUACUUUUUGCAAUGCAAGGCACUGAUAAAGGAAGACAAGCUGGCAGAGGCUCUGAAGCUUUUUGAGGUGCAGAUGCUGAAGGAAGAGCGUCUGCAGCCAGAGGAGAGCAACUACACUGUUCUGAUUGGUGGCUGUGGCAGAGUCGGCUAUGUGAAGAAGGCAUUCAGACUUUACAAUGAUAUGAAAAAGCGGGGUUUAAUCCCCACAGACGCUACAUACACAGCCCUCUUCAAUGCCUGUGCUGAGUCGCCAUGGAAAGAUUCGGGUCUGCAGAGUGCGCUCAAACUACGGCAAGAACUAAAGAGCAAAAAUCUGGAGCUGAAUCUGAUAACAUAUCACGCUCUGCUGAAAGUAUGUGCCAUCUGCUCAGAUCUCAGGACAUGCUUUGAUGUACUGAAGGAAAUUGUGCAUAAAGGCCAUGCUGUCACCACAGAGACCUUCAGUUUCCUUCUCAUGGGCUGCAUAAAGGACAAGGAGAGUGGCCUCAGAUAUGCCUUGCAGGUUUGGCGACAAAUGACUAAAUUGGGAAUUAAACCUGAUGGUUACACUUACAAUUUGAUGCUCCAUGCUGCAAGGGAUUGUGGAAUAGGUGACCCAGUUGUGGCUUCUGACUUGUUGCUAAGAAGCACAGAUGAAAACCCUGCUCAAGUAAAGCUCGUAUCAGGUAGGCGGGGUCAAAAGGUGAAAAGUCAGAAAAGGAAGGGAGCAGACAGUGGAAUUUCUACCCAGUUGGAUGUGGAAACCAUGGAAAAACAAAUAUUUCAAGAAAAUUCCAGAAAAGCUGAGGAACACUUAAUCAACAAUGAAGACGAAGACUUGAGUGAGGUUCAGACUGAGCCAGGAACUGGAUUGGCUGGUCUCACUAAUAAGACAGUAGAAUGCAGUAGGAUUGGAGACUUCAGAAGAAACCAGGCUAUUUCAGAUCCACCUCAAACAAACCGAGGUCAAUUUUUUGAGCCUGCUUGCAACCUGCCCAAUUUGUUGGAUUUGAAAAUCUCCAAUAAGAACUUGGUUUCCUUAGGGACAGUAGCAACGCCCUUCGAUAGGCUGGCUUUGAUGGGGAACAUGGAGGGGUUUUUGAAUAAAAUGAAAGAGGACAAUGUGGCACCCAACAUUAAGACUUUCACACUGUUGGCUGAGCUGAUUGAACCUUUGAGCCAGUCAGAAUCCUCUUUAUUGACAGUCCUGGAUGAACAUAAAGUGAAAGUAGAUGUGACCUUGUUUAAUACUUUGUUGAGAAAGAAGAGUAAACUGGGAGACCUAGAAGGUGCAAAGGGCAUGCUGACCGCUCUAGUGCGGAGGGGAAUAUCACCCAACAUGCAGACGUUUUGUAACUUGGCAAUAGCCUGCCGCAGAGAGAAAGAUGGACUGCAGUUACUUUUGGACAUGAAGAACUCUGGGAUUACUCCUAACACCCACAUCUACAGCACCCUUAUCAAUGCAGCUGUGAAGCAGUUGGACUAUACUUACCUCACAGAAAUCCUACGGGACAUGAGAAAGAACCAGGUCCCCCCAAACGAAGUUGUCAUACGCCAGCUGGAGUUUGCAGCUCAGCAUCCACCUCAGUUUGACAGGUAUAAGUCAAAGAACACAUAUCUGGAGAAGAUUGAUGGGUUCCGAGGCUACUAUUUCCGCUGGCUAAAAGCAAUGGUAGCAGAGGAGACUCCACACCCAUGGGCAAAAUACAGAACUAAGAAUUCAGCAGCCAAGGGCAGUGCUGAGGACACGCAGCCCCAGGGCACCAGGGAACAGUAACUAUUGAGAGCAAGUCAGUAUUCUCCAUGUGUGGAAUGUGCACGACGUCAGAUGCUGGAACUACCUAGACAGAGGAAUUUGGAGGGUUGUUUCCUUCAGGUGCCUUAUAGCUGGCAGCACUGUACUUGUAUGUUCUGACUGUUUAAUAAAGUACCAUCUCAACA